AUGGCCGAUACUGCUAACACCCAUCAUGAGAACGUCGUGCAGCUCAGCAAAGCGGUGUCCGCGGGGGUUCAGAGGAGCCUCGGCGGUAUGAGCAUACCUGAUAUACGAGUUGCGGAAGGAGAGCUUACGACGGCUGUAGUCAUGCUCAGGUCCGCUCUGAAUGCUGCUGUGCCUUUCCACCGCUUGCCCCCCGAGAUCAUGAAGGCGAUAUUCUGGCUCGUGCCCACGAUGCAAUACCAUCUCGUUGGUCGUAACAGCCAAUCCCACAUCGUGGACAUCUGGGAGCGCCGCCACUACGCACGCAUGAACGAGCUGUUCACGCUCAUGCUUGUGUGCCGCCAUUGGAGGGAUAUCGUGGCAGCGAUCCCGUCCUUCUGGAACACCAUCAAUCAGGCACACCAAUCAAGCCGGACGACGUUCCUAGAGCGGUCACGGUUUGGCCCGUUGAAGGUUGUUCUCCACAACACUCCAUCGGCAUUCAUGUCCACACUUUGCGACAGGGAAUACGCGCGGCUUGUAGCGAUAUACCAUUGCAACAUAACGGCUACUACCGCGCAGGAAUACCUCGGGUUCCUCGCGCCAGCCCUUGAAGUUCUGGACUUAUCGAAUAGCUGGUUCUUCGGACGCCGGAUUCUCGGCGAGUCUGUACAGACCAUCCAGCUCUUCCGCGGACACACUCCUCGUCUGCGCCAGCUCAAUCUCCAUCAUGUCCACUGGUUCCCCGAACUACAGGUGUCGGCACUGACCCAUCUGUCGGUAGACAUGUGUCGAUGGGACGAUUUCUUGGCCAAAGUAAUGGGAAUCAUAGCGUCUGCACCUGGUCUCAUCGACCUGGUGCUCAGCGCGGUCUCGAGCACCACACCCGACGUCGAAACCCUGAACACGUCGUAUCCUGACUACUCCAGGCUCCAUUUGCGCUACGUCGUUACCGAAGAAGCCGUCAUAGCCAUCCUCGCGAAGCUGUCACUCCCUUCAACAACUGUUGUCGACAUCGUCAAGGCCCUCGACGCGCACCACUUCACAGCGAACGUGCUGCCUACUCUGUCCAACCUCCCAGUGACGAAGACGGUCACCCGCGCAUCCAUCGCGAUGAUGCCUGUCGUCAACGACCACCAUUUCAUGAUGGCGCAGCUCACGGGGGUGAGCGACGUAGCCGGCAUCCUCUGCACUCCCGUAGGGCUCCGCGGCGACCUCGCCCCGGUGGCCUCUAUCCUUCCCGCACAACAGCUCCGCGAGCUCUGGCUGAUGUUGGUUCCGACCCACGAAAUCGUGAUUAUGGCCGGUGGGGACCCAGAUUUCUUCCCUGCCUUCGUACUGGACCCCGACGCGCUGCGGGAGACUUUGAGACCCAUGGCGGCGCUCGAGACGCUCGUGGUGUGGAGCACUGUCCUGCCGAGCGUCGUUGAGGCACUGGUGGACCACGGCGCGAGGGCGUCACGGCCGUUGUGUCCCAAACUGUCCUGCGUGCGCGUCGUGCUAACCCGCAGUACACCGGCACCGCAGGCAGAGGAAGCCGUCUCACUGCUCGAUGCGCAGCAAGACAUCUUGCGCUUGGCCCGCGUGCAGAUCAACUAUCUCCCGAAGUACGCAGGCGAGAAGGUCGAGAGGACGGAGUUCGACCACCACUUCCCCUCGAUCGAGUAUGUUACGCUGGACCACACGCCCACCAUGGAGAUGCCGCCCGUGUGCAUGCACGAGGCACACGCCCGGUGGACAGGGUGGAAAGUUGACGACGACGGAGUGCAGAUCAGAGAGGACGGUGAGCUCCGCGAGGACAUGCACAUGUCAUGA